AUGCUACGUGCGCUAUCAAUGAAAAGGGCCCUAGGGUUUGGUCAAAGAAACAUUACAAGAAAUUUGGCCACUGCUACUUCAACUACUUCAGCUUCUUCAACUUCAAAUUUAGCUUCAACUUUACCAAUUACUCAAACUUCAACUUUAUCAAAUGGGUUAACUGUUGCUUCUGAAUAUAUCCCACAUUCUUCCACUGCCACUGUGGGGAUUUGGAUUGAUGCUGGUUCAAGAGCUGAAAAUGCUAAAAAUAAUGGUACUGCACAUUUCUUAGAACAUUUAGCAUUUAAAGGUACAACUGCAAGAUCUCAAUUAGCUUUAGAAUUAGAAAUUGAAGAUUUAGGUGCUCAUUUGAAUGCUUAUACAUCAAGAGAAAAUACUGUUUAUUAUGCUAAAUCUACUGAAAAGGAUAUUCCAAAUGCUAUUAAUGUUUUAUCUGAUAUUUUAACAAAAUCUACUUUAGAACCAAAAGCUAUUGAAAGAGAACGUGAUGUUAUAAUAAGAGAAUCUGAAGAAGUUGAUAAGAUGUAUGAUGAAGUUGUUUUCGAUCAUUUACAUGCAAUUUGUUAUAAGAAUCAACCUUUAGGUCGUACAAUCCUAGGUCCUUUAGAAAAUAUUAGAACUAUUCAAAGAGAUGAUUUGAAAAAUUAUAUUGAAAAAAAUUAUGCAGGUGAUCGUAUGGUUUUAGUUGGUACAGGUUCUGUUAAUCAUGAAGAUUUAGUUAAAUAUGCUGAUAAAUAUUUUAAUCAUUUAAAACCUUCACCAAAAAAAUUACCAUUAGGUACUCCUCGUGGUGAAUUACCUGUUUUCCAUGGUGAUGAAAUUAAAAUUCAAGAUGAUUCAAUACCAAAUACUCAUUUAGCAAUUGCUGUUGAAGGUGUAAGUUGGUCUGGUGCUGAUUAUUUCACUGCUUUAGUUACACAAUCUAUUGUUGGUAAUUGGGAUAGAUCACUUGGUACAGGAUCAAAUUCACCAUCUCAAUUAGCUUUAAAUGUUGCAAAUGGUAUUAAUGGUGAACCUUUAGCUAAUUCUUAUAUGUCUUUUUCAACAAGUUAUUCAGAUACAGGUCUUUGGGGUGUUUAUUUAACAGCUGAUAAAUCAACAGAUUUAAAAAAUGUAUUAAAUGAAAUUACAAAUGAAUGGAAUAGAUUGAAAAAAGGUGAUAUAACUGAUGAUGAAAUUAAAAGAGCAAAAGCUCAAUUAAAAGCUUCAUUAUUAUUAAGUCUUGAUGGUUCUACUGCAAUUGCUGAAGAUAUUGGUAGACAAAUUGUUACAACUGGUAAAAGAUUAAGUCCUGAAGAAGUUUUCGAAAAAGUUGAUGUUAUAAAUAAAGAUGAUGUUGUUAAUUGGGCUAAUUAUAGAUUAAAAGAUAAACCUGUUUCAAUUGCUGCUGUUGGUACUGUUCAUUCAUUACCUCCUUUAAAAGAUAUUAGAAAAGCUUUAGCUUAA